AUGACAGGAGCCAAAUCUGAUGACUUGCAUUUAAGACGGUUCAUUCAAUAUUCUUUAAUUUUUGGCGAACGAGAAUUAGUCGUUAAAAAUAAUAAUAGUGAAUCAUUCAAUCUUUUACUCCAAUAUUUACGAGGAAUUGGUUUCGACUUAACUGCCGAAGAUUACCAAGAAAUCAAAAAUAGCAAAACCCUCAACGCAAGUACCCUUGAACCAGAAAUCGGUGGACUUUUUUGUCCCCAAAUAUUUGGUCCAUCGCGAAGUUAUCAGUGUGCUUGUCGCAGCGAUCAAUCACGCCGGAUUAAACAUCAAAAAUGCGAAACUUGCGGGGGUGUUCUUCCUUAUUUAGAACAGUUACUAGAAAUUCCUGGUAAAUCAAUUAAAGAUUUGGUUUACUUUAAUGCUUAUGUAGUGCUGGAUCAAGGAAAUUCUACUGUUCUCCAAAAUAAGCAAAUUUUAUCUCAUAAAAUAGAUCCAGAAUUGAUUAGUCAAGUUUUGGAUGAAAUUAUUCAAGCCGGCGAAACUAAAGUCAGUCCUAGUGUGUUAAAAAAAGCCCAAGAACUCCGAGCUAAUUUGCUUGGUCAUAAGAAAAAAGAAAUUCAAAAAGAAUUAAACCAAGUAAAAAAAGCUCAGCAACUGGAAAAAAAUGAAAAAAAAAAAGACAAGUUAGCCAAGCAAGAAGCCGAACUGCAAGAAAAACUAACCCAGGCUAAAUUAGAACUACUGAAAAAUAUUGAUUUAAAAGCCGAAUUGAAGAAAAUUACUGAACUUCUUUCCAAAACAAACCAAGAACAAAUCAAUGACAGAAAAAGAUUCAUCCAGUCUUUGCUCAAACACAAUUUGCCUUUAACUGGAUUAGUCUUAAAUUACGUGCCGAUAAUUCCUGCCGGCUUGCGUCCAGCCACUAAAUUGGAUGACGGUAGCAUUGCGACGACUCAACAAAAUAAUCUGGACCGAAAAUUAAUUCUUACCAACGAAAGAUUAAAAAAUAUUUUGGAAAUCAAUAAGAAUCUUCAAACUCCGGUGCUCUUUUUAGACAUUAUUCAUAAUGAACAAAGGAAACUACAAAAAGCUUUCGACCAGCGACAAUCAGGCGAGGGGCUUCCCAAACAAAGCACAGCCAAAAGUUUGCUUCAAAUAUUAAGCGGUAAGGAAGGAAUUUUACGUAAAUACUCGUUAGGGAAAAGAGUAGACUAUUCGGCUCGUUCUGUUAUUUCUCCUAAUCCUCGUUUAGAACUUAAUCAGGUAGGCAUUCCAGUAGAAAUGGCUCUAGUUCUUUAUCAGCCUUAUUUAUUGUCUUCUCUGCUAAAAAAAGGCAAAAGUUUAGAGGAAGCCAAACAACUUUUGUUGCAAAGUGAUUCAGAAAUUUUUCUUCUCCUCAGCCAAGUUAUUCAAAAUCGCCCAGUGUUGCUUAACCGUGCCCCUACUUUACACCGUUUGGGUAUGCAAGGAUUUCAGCCAAUUUUAACUUUAGGCAAGACUAUUCAAUUACAUCCCCUGGUAACGGUAGGCUUCAAUGCCGAUUUUGAUGGAGACCAAAUGGCAGUUCUUUUGCCGUUAACCAAAAAAGCUCAAGAAGAAAUUCAAGUCCGAGCAAUGGCAGAUUCACAAAUUUUGGAUCCGAAAAAUGGUAAUUUAAUUGAUGCUCCUACCCAAGAUAUUAUCUUGGGACUUUAUUACUUAACGAGAACCGAUUCGCUUUCUUCAUUAGGCAAUACUAAUAAGAAAAGAAACACUCUGUCUCUUUAUUAUGAAACUAGCCAGUUAGAAAAAGACUACGAAAGCGGAAAAAUUAAUUUUGGCUCUCCAUUAUUCAUUCCUUUGUCGCUAGCCGGAAAACAAUUUGCCGCUUCCGAGGAACAAAAAUUCCUCCUGACUACUUUCGGAAAGUGGAAAUUUAAUCAAAUCCUCCCUCCAAGUUUUCCUUAUUAUAUUAAUGAUUUAGAAUAUUACAACAAACAUCAAAUUUCUCCAUUUUCAGAAGAUAUUUUUGAUUUGCCAAUCCUUGAUGGAGAACUAAAAAACCACUCCGGCUGGAAAAAAAAAGAAAUUAUUAACUUUCUUAACAAAUUAACUAAAACAAUCAGCCAAGAGGAAAUGGUAAAAUUCUUAGACCAACUAAAAAAUUUAGGUUUUGCCGCCGCUACCAAAUCUGGAAUUAAGUGUAAAGAAAGUUUAGAAAAAAUAAUUGCUCAAAAACUGACACAAAAAAAUAAUAGUUCUUUGUAUUAUCUUUGGGAUUCCGGAGCCCGGGCUAAUAUUGAAAACUUAAACCAAAUUUUUGGUAUGCGUGGAAACAUGACUGACUACAAAGGAACAACUAUUGAAACGCCCAUUUUAUCUUCUUUGAAAGAAGGGCUAAAUCCCUUUGAGUUUUUUAUUUCUGUCUAUGGUGCCAUGAAAGGAAUGAUGGAUACAGCACUAAAAACUGCUGAAGCUGGAUAUUUAACUCGUCAAUUGGUGGAAACAGUCCAAAAUUUAGUCAUUAACGCUGAGGAUUGUCAAACUCAAGAGGGCAUUUUCCUCCAAGAACUAAAAGAAAAUACUGCCUUUGGUCAAGGAGACAGCAUUCUCACUAACUUAGCCGAAAGAAUUACUGGCCGAUACUUAGCCCAAGAUGUCGUGGUUAACGGUAAAAUAAUAUUAACUAGUGGCACACUCUUAUUAGCGAAAGAAAUCUCUCUCCUUCAAGAAAAUAAUAUUUCUACAGUCAAAGUUCGUUCUCCUUUCACUUGUUCUUUAAUUCAAGGAAUUUGCCAAAAAUGUUAUGGUUGUGAUUUGAGCAAAAAUCAAUCAUUAGUUGAAUUAGGCAUGGCCGUAGGAAUUAUUGCUGCUCAAUCACUAGGAGAGCCGGGAACCCAGUUGACUAUGAGAACUUUCCAUACUGGUGGAGUAGCCGGAGAAGAAGACAUUGUGCGAGGACUGCCUAAAGUGAAAGAAAUCUUAGGUAAUGUUCUUCCUACCAAGCAAAAACAAGCGAUUUUAGCCCAAGAAACUGGAGAAAUAACUGAAAUUGUUGAAGACGAAAAAAAUCAACAAACCAUUAUUAAACAAAAAGUCGAAGACCAAGAGUUUACUUAUACCAUUAAUUCAGAAAAAAAAGUAAAAGUGAAAGUAGGACAAAUUGUAAAAAAAGGGGAAAUUUUAACUGCUGGCAAAAUUAACUUAGAAAAAUUAUUAGAAAUAGUCGGAAAUGUUAAAAUAACUGAACCGGGGGAUAGCAACCAUUUAACUGGCGAUAUUAUUAACUAUCAGGAAUUUUGUCAAACUAAUCAAGAAUUAAAAACAAAAAACAAAGCACCAGCCCAAGCCAGAAAUCUGAUUUUUGGUUUGAAACAAGUAGCGAAGUGUUCGCCUUCUUUCUUAGCCAGCAUAUCUUUCCAAGAAACUUUAAAAGCUUUGAUUAAUUAUUCUAUUUUUCAACCAGUGGAUUAUCUCCAAGGAGUGAAAGAAAAUUUAGUGGCUGGUCAGCUAGCACCAAUCGGUUCAGGUUUAGAAGAACACCAAAAAUGA